UGCGAAACCUUUACUCGGAUAUUUAUAAGAAUAUCUCACCAACCCACCAUAAUUCCUUAGCUUAGGAUUCUAAGUGCCCUAGUGAUUGGUUACUACACGACAAAUAGAAUAAUAGGUUUGGGAACAAAGAGAUCCCGACGUAUAUACAUACAUACAUACAUAUCUAUGCAUAUAUACACAUAUAUGCCCUUCUAACACCUAUAAAUAGAGAAUUCCACUAUCACAUAAAAUCACGCCCUUUGCACCGAGAGAAAAAAGAAAAGGUUAAAGGCCAUUCAAGAAACUCGGCAAACAUGGCGGCUCGGCAGCAGAAGAACAGAGCAAAACAGAGGAAGCUUCAUUUUCCCACAAAUCUCACAGACUUCAAACUUAGUCAAGGUGGACAGAGAGCGGUGAUCAGAGAGGCUCUCGUGUACAUAUCCUUGCUCAAACUCAAGAUCGAAGCUGCACAGAAAGAGUAUACACAUUUGAAGAUGGUCAAAAGAGAAGCCUUGAAUCGGAUUAAUACCAAAAAUCAGUCCGAGGAGGUUAAGGUGGAGAAGAUUGGGGAGAGAUUCCUAGUGAAGGUGAUGUGCCCAAGGGGACAGCAUAUGCUUGUCCACAUUCUCGAGGCGUUUGAGGAAAUGGAAAUGAGUGUGAUUCAGGCAAGAGUUUCAUGCCAAAACUCAUUUUCCAUGGAAGCAAUUGUUGUUGUGCCCCAAGACCUACAAGCAAAGGUGUUGAGUGUUGAUGAUAUGACCCAAACUCUCAUGAAAGCGCUUGCAAAGCCAAGUGGGUGAGAUGAUAAAAUGUAAAGCAAAAGAAGAGAAACCAAAUAUGUAUUCUUGCCUAAUGAAGAAAUACCGCAAUGUCUAUGUGACUGAUGCGUCUACUGUUUGUACAUCAA